AUUGUUGUUGGUAGGGGAAGCUGACUGCAGCCGAUCGUUAGGGCACAGGAAAGGGUACAGAAAAUGAUCAAUGUUACUCAAAACAAGAGAAAAUACCGAUGUUGCAUUUGAGCUUAUGAAUCAAUACACGUUCAAGGGUACAUGUCUGUAUCCCUUUAUUUUAUUAGAGGCUAGCUGUACUAGCAAUCGUUGGAUGAGAACAUUGUGUACGGACCUUCAGCCGCUUAGCAGGCCAUAUCGCCAUUGCUUGUUAAAGCUGCUGCUAUCGACACAUAAAAGCAUUGCUCGCCAAAGUUCACAGCUGUUACAAUGAAGAAGAAAGGUCGGUACCACAAAGCGCCUGUACCUCCACGGCCUUCCUCCCCCAUCAGGCCAUCGCCCCACAAGGAAACCCUGACAUAUGCACAGGCCCAGCGCAUGGUGGAGCUGGAGAUUGAUGGCAGGGUGCACCGCAUCAACAUAUACGACAAGCUGGACGUCAUCGGCGAAGAUGACCCGACAGCCCAAGAGAUCACAGAGUGCACCAGCAACAAGGAGAACAACGAGAAAGCCCCACAGCAGGUCCUGCUGCGCUCCGUGAGGCUAAAAAACAACCAACAAAAGAAGAACGCCGCUCUGUCAAACGCACGCAGCACCGUUCCCGUGCCUAAAAGCAGCAACACACUUCCCGAGGCCAAAAUCCGCAACGUGGAGUACAACCUCCCAGCCGUCCCGCGCAGGGCUCCGGCGUACUACAAGUACGUGGAGAAGAGCGAGGAGGAGCUGGACGAGGAGGUGGAAUAUGACAUGGACGAGGAGGACUACGCCUGGCUGGAGCUGGUCAACGAGAAGCGCCGCAGCGACGGCUACAGCCAGGUGUCACAGAACGUCUUUGAGUUCCUGGUGGACCGCUUCGAGAAGGAGUCCUUCUUGGAGAGCCAGGGUGAAGCGGGGCAGCAGUCCCUCAUCGACGAGGAUGCCGUCUGCUGCAUCUGCAUGGACGGCGAGUGCCACAACAGCAACGCCAUCCUCUUCUGCGACGUGUGCAACCUGGCUGUGCACCAGGAGUGCUACGGCGUCCCGUACAUCCCCGAGGGACAGUGGUUGUGCCGCCACUGUCUCCAGUCGCCCAACCAGCCCGCGGACUGCAUCCUCUGCCCCAAUAAGGGUGGCGCCGUCAAGAUGACGGACGACGAGCGGUGGGGGCACGUGGUCUGCGCCCUGUGGGUGCCCGAGGUGGGCUUCUCCAACACAGUGUUUAUCGAGCCCAUCGACGGCGUGUCGAAUAUUCCCCCCGCGCGCUGGAAGCUCACGUGCUACCUCUGCAAAGUGAAGGGCGUGGGCGCCUGCAUCCAGUGCCACAAAGCCAACUGCUACACGGCCUUCCAUGUCAGCUGUGCGCAAAAGUCCGGCCUGUUCAUGAAGAUGGAGCCCAUUAAGGAGGUGACGGAGGCCGGCACCACUACCUUCUCUGUGAAGAAGACUGCCUACUGUGAUGCGCACACUCCCAACGGCUGCGUCCGCCGGCCCCUCACCAUCUACGACGAUGCCAAAACCAAAAACGGACUCUGUCCGACAACGGUCAAGAAAAGCAAAAGGACGAGGUUAAAAGGGAGGAGGAAAAGGAAGCAGAAGAGGAGCAAGAAGACCGAACCAGAGCCAGCGACUGCAAUCCCGAAUGUGUCUGUGCCUAGCUUUCCACCCCAAAGGUUAAACACAAUCCUGAAUCAGGUUUCUCUCCAGAAGAAGAGAGUGUUUGUUGAACUGGUCUUAAACUACUGGAGUCUGAAGAGGCAGUCUAGAAACGGAGUGCCCCUCAUAAGACGCCUUCAGCCUUCCUUACAGACGCCACCACCACCUCCUCCGCCGAAACACAGUGAGGAGGAGAGCCGGGCACUGAAAGAGCAGCUGAAAGAGUGGCAUCGACUGCGGCACGACCUGGAACGGGCAAGGCUACUUUUGGAGCUGAUUCGCAAGAGAGAAAAGAUGAAAAGAGAAGAGAUGAAGCUACAGCAGACGGUAUUGGAGGUGCAGCUCAGUCCCUUUAACAUCCUGCUGCGUGCCCUGCUCGAUCAACUCCAGGAGAGAGACCAGUAUAAGGUGUUUGCACAACCUGUCAGCCUUGAAGAGGUCCCUGACUACCUUGACCACAUCAAGCGCCCCAUGGACUUCUCCACUAUGCGCCAGCGCAUCGACGGCCACGAGUACUGCAACCUGGACGAGUUUGAGGCCGACUUCAACCAGAUCAUCUUCAACUGCAUGAAGUACAACCGCAAGGACACCUUCUUCUACCGUGUGGCGGCGCGCCUGCGUGACCACGGCGGAGCGUUGCUCAGGAAGACUCGGCGAGACGUGGAUCGCAUCGGCUUCGACGCGGAGAGUGGCAUGCACCUGGCAGAGCAGCCCAAGCCGGAGCCCGCGGCACCCUUCACCUGGGCAGACGUGGAUCGCCUGCUGAAGCCGGCCAACCGGGAGCACAUGCCCCCGGAGCAGCAGCUGCAGCAGCUCCUGGAGAAGCUGGACCUGACCACGGCCAUGAAGUGCAGCCCCUCGCGCAGCAAACGCCUCAAGCUGCUCAAGAAGACCAUCAACGACAUCCGCAGUGAGAUGAGUAUCAAGAAGCCCCCGGCAGCAGCAGCCGCAGCCACAGCAGCAGCCACAGCAGCAGCCACAGCAGCAGCCACAGCAGCCGUGGAGACCAAAAAACAACCCGCAGCAGCGGAGACGGUUACAUCAGAAGAUGGAGACAAGUCCCUUCCUCCAAAACUUGAACCAUCAGACACCACCUUGCCUGUACUAGGAAAUUCUGAGAGCAGCUCCGAACCACCUACCCUCAAACCCGUCGACAAAUGCCCCAGCGCCCCCGACAAGAACCCCAAGCGGGUGAAGUUCGGCAAAAAAGGCAACUCCAAGGUGGUGCCCAAGAAGGAGAAGCUCAACGGACACUCAAAGGACACCACUCACCUGCUCCUCUCUGACACGGACGUCAGCGUGGUCGCCACGUCAACACUCCACGCCGAGCCGCCCUCCGACACGCCAGUCAGCAGACGCACGGCCGUGCUCUUCCGUAAGUCCAAGAGUGUGAGCCCCCAGAAGCCCUUGCGCUCGGGCUCGGAGAGGGUUACCCCAGCCGCCUGUCCAAAACUGGGCACCAAGACCUUCUUGUCGGUUGUCAUCCCCCGCCUGGAGACUCUUCUACAGCCCCGCAAGAGGCCGCGCAGCCCUAGCCAAGACAGCGAGGGGGAGGAGGACGACUCGCCCGUCAAACGCUUGGACACAGGUCUGUCCAACGGCUUCUCUGUGGAGCAGGAGAAGGAGCUGCUGAGUGGCGGUCGCCAGCUGGAGCCGCGGCGGCGCUGUGCCUCCGAGUCCUCCAUGUCCUCCAGCAGCAGCGUACAGGGCAGCUCCAGCUCCGUUCUCAGUCUUCCGAAGUGUGGCAAGGGCAAACCGGCGCUGGUUCGGCGGAGCACCGUGGACGACAAGAACGAACUCAUCGCCUGCAUCGAGACGGGGAACUUUGCCAAAGCGGCACGCAUCGCUGCGGAAGUUGGCAACAGCAAUAUUUGGAUGCCCGCUAGUGCCGCCACUGUUGUUCUGGAACCUCUAAAACUAGUUUGGGCAAAAUGUAGCGGAUACCCUUCCUACCCUGCCUUGAUUAUAGACCCCCACAUGCCGCGGCUGAGCUGCCAGCACAACGGGGUGUCCAUCCCGAUGCCCCCGCUGGACGUGCUAAGGAUCGGCGAGCAGAUGCAGUACAAGUCCGAAGAGAAGCUCUUCCUCGUCCUCUUCUUCGACAACAAGCGCAGUUGGCAAUGGCUUCCUAGAUCCAAGAUGGUUCCUCUGGGCAUGGACAAGACCAUCGACAAGAUCAAGAUGAUGGAGGGCCGCAACUCGGGGGUGCGCAAGGCGGUGCAGAUCGCCUUCAGCCGUGCCAUGAAUCACCUCAGCCGCGUCCAGGACGAGCCCGUCAGCGACCUCAGUGACGUCGAUUAGCCAAUCAGAAACCUCCUCCUCAUCACCGGGUACCGUGACUGCACAAAAAAGGGACCUCUCGCAUCAGAGUAUUGGUCAUGCUGGUUCGUUUUCUUUCUGUUUUAUACUUUGAGCACGAUGAUGGUUCUUCUUCUUCUCAGAGGCCCUGGUAUGGGCCCAGAUGGCCUUGUUUCUCUUCCCUUAUACACAGUACAUUUUCAGGGUUAUUUCAAAACUCAGAGAGAUGAAUUUCACACUCACAGUGUUGCUCCAACUCUCAGUGUGUGAAUAAUGCUGCAAGAUGUUACCGCGUAGCUCCUCUUGACCUCACUGUGGUUGUGCGACCCACUCACAGCAUCACUGUUCUUCCAGCUGCUGCUUAAAACCUCUGAGUGUAUCAGUCUUUUCUCUCUUCUCACUUCUCCUCCGCAACUGUGCUUAAAGAGAGAGAGAGACUGCGUACAGUCGCCACUGCCAAGGCCCAUCCUCAUCCUCAUUUAUUAUUAUUAUGUCCACUCAUCGGUCAACCCCUCGUCUCCACUGCUUGUGGAAAAAGACAGAGAAUGAAAAAAAAGCGAAUUGAACAUUGUACAUAACUGUAAAUCCAGUGGACACUAACUUAUUGAACAGAAAAAAUGGUACUGUAAAUGACUUUGUAGUAUUUAUACUUUGGUGAAUUUUUUUUUGUUUUUUUGCUCUUAUUGUGCACUCCCUCUUUGCUGUUGCUGUGAAUGUCAAGCCACGAAAUGAGAAACAGUAACUGAGAUUAUGGCUUGAACAUGUUUUUGCAAAAAGUGUUUCUUUCCAUUUUUGUCUUUGUCUCAUGUUUGUUUAAUUAAGUUAUUGAAGUUUAUACCCCAUAAGCUUCCCCUUUGGCAUUAAUGUUUUUUGUACUGCAGGAUGUUUUUACGAGUUUUAGUAUAUUUUUGUUCGUACAUAUUUAUAUAACUAAAUAUAUCUAUAAAUAUAUGUGUUCUUUAGAGCUUCUCUUGGGGGAAACAUCUUUGGUUAUCAUAGAAAUGGGAAAAGCGUGUUGAAACCAAAAAGAAAAAACAUGGUCAUAAAAACGGUUGCUGCCCAGAUUUAAUUUUUCUAAAAGUGUGUGUGUGUGUGUGUGUGUGUGUGUGUGUGUGUGUGUGUGUGUGUGUGUGUGUGUGUG